GUUGAGUUGGUAACACUGUUUGUAAUACAACGAAUCAGAGUUGAUUAUUUUGUACUGACAGCAAAAUUUAACGAACGAAUUACUGUUCAAUGCCUCUUUUUGAGUUUCCGGUCUUUUCUACCUAGGUCGCCAAGCAAAAUGCAACCAAAACGCAGGGAACCUAUCCACGCCGUUCAAGUUUUCGGACGUAAAAAAACAGCUACCGCUGUAGCUUACUGCAAGCGCGGUCGUGGUUUGCUCCGUGUCAAUGGUCGUCCAUUGGAACAAAUUGAACCCAAAGUUUUGCAAUACAAAUUGCAAGAACCUUUGUUGUUGCUCGGCAAGGAAAAAUUCGCUGGUGUAGACAUCCGUGUCCGCGUCAACGGUGGUGGUCAUGUAGCUCAAAUCUACGCCAUCCGUCAAGCCAUCUCCAAGGCUUUGAUUGCCUUCUACCAAAAGUAUGUCGAUGAAGCUUCCAAGAAGGAAAUCAAGGACAUUCUUAUCCAAUACGACAGAACCUUGUUGGUUGGUGACCCACGUCGCUGCGAACCCAAGAAAUUCGGUGGUCCAGGUGCCCGUGCUCGCUACCAAAAAUCUUACCGUUAAAAUUAUGGUUUUUGUCAAUAUUCCAUACUGUGCAGAAGAUUUAUUUUUGCUUUUUUUGCAAAAUGUAAUAAAGUUUUUUAUUUAAGAAUGGAAAAUUGA